CGCAAAGCUUCCCAGCGAGAGCACGGCAAGACCGUGGCAAAGGCGCGGUUCCUUAUCUACUUUCCCAGCCCGAUCGACCCUUUCGAAGCUUUUCUCGGUUUUCGUUACUACUGCUUACCUCCAUUGACUACACGAACAAUGGGCUGGCGCAGGACUCGGAGGAAGCUAUGGAGCAGGUCCAAGAACGCCGCUUACGCUCUGGAGCAGGCUCUCGACAUCCUCAAUCGCGCCGCCGUCUAUCCCCCCGUGCCAGGCUUGCAGGCCGGUGUCAGCUGUCUCUUGGCGGUGUUUGGCAGGAUCCAGAUCUCGCGCGCGAAUGCCGAAUCUAUCAGGGAGCUAACCAGGAACAUGAACGAUUUGACCGAGACGGUGAACAAGUACACAGAACUCAACGGACAGAGUAUAUCACCCCAGGUGGAAUUGGCGGUCAACGAAGUGCUCUCAUCGUGGGAUGCGAUCAAUGACGAGGCUGUGAAGAUCGAGUCGCGGCGCAAACUGCUGAGGGUAAUGGAUAACAACAAGGAUCGUGGCGGUAGAAGAGUCGCCGGAUUCUUGCGAGAUCUAUCCCAAUCGAUCAAGGAAUUCAUGCGCUUGCUUCCCCGUCUGACAGAUAGCGAAUUGUUUCGCUGCUGUUGGGAGCGGCUUCCCGCUGAGCUGCGCAACUACAUCUACGGCCUCCUGCAGAGCCCCGGCCACAAAACCGGUUUGUCAGCACUGUCCCUAGUCUCGCAUACCUGGUCCCGACGCUUUCGUCCUCGCCUCUUUGCCGGGCUUAAGCUGAUAACUGAGGGAGACGGUUGCACGCUAUACGGCAUAGUCCGGUCCCCGCUGUCGGCCUGGCUGGCGAAGCACAUUGCCGUCCUGGAUUUCGACAAGAUUGGCCCUCGUUAUCCACUCUGGAUGGUUCUCCUCCGCCUCCUCCCCGCGUGCCGCGACGUCUGGCAUGAUUUCGGUGACAAGCCCGUCCGCGUGUCGCUGUCGCACAGCGCAGGUUUGAAGAGCUCGUUGUGGAGCAUCACCUCCUUGACACUCUGGGGUUGCAACUUCCCGUCAUUCCGAAUCGUGCUCCGCAUACUAGCCGACAUCACCUACCUGGAAAAAGUUCUUCUCGGCGGGGUCACAUGGUCGGGUGACGGACUCACAACAGCUGACGCCGCGAGCAAUGUCUGCACGGGUGCCUUCAGCCAUGUCCGCUCAGUCCAGAUGUGGGGCUGCACGAACAACAUGGCAGUGGGCGCAUGGAUCCUGGCAGCCACGAGCACACGACACUCGUUCACCAGACGUCGGACGGCAGGGCCAGCAGUCCCUGCAGAGACAUGGGCCAUCAUCGACCUCAUCCAGACAUUCUUGAAGGACAACAGUGAUCUCCUAAUAGCAGGUUUUAAUGUCAAGGAGGCGAUGGCAGAUACUUACAGAUUUGUUGGUUCCCUGUUUCCUGCAUACAUCUCAGUCUGGGUUGUCAAGUCUACACCUGCCGCCGGCGCCAAUGAGGCCUGGUCUGUCUGCCAAAUCAUUCUCGCUACCUCAGACGAGAUAACUUCGAAAUCGCACCGGUAUUUCCACUCUCGCGAUUGGUCAGCACUCGCUUCCCUUCUGCCCGCGUUUCCACAAUUACAACAGUUCCAAGUCCUCUGCGGGGAGGAGCAUUCAGAAGAGGACUUCCGCGCGCUCUCCGACAAGGUCGCGGAGGCCAUGAAUAACCACAUGCAUCCGCCUGUCACGCUUCAACAUGACCGUGACCUGCCAGGCGGGAGAUACUUGCAGCCUGCGCUGUUUGGUCUGACCGAGGCAGAUGUGGAGGCAGGGCGAGAGAAAGUGAGACGACGAGUCAAGGAGAGAGAAGAGAGAGAAGAAAUGUAUCGCUUACUCGCGGCACACGAUUCCGACUCCAAGAGCGAAACGGAUUGACCAAUGUUUGCUGAUCAUAUGUCCAGCGUUCUUGUCUACUCUUGUUUGAUCAUCGUUAUCGUAAUUUCACGGUCGCUCAUAUGCUGUCUUGCCUUCGUUCUCAUGCAACCUUUGCGCUUGUAUGGCCUAGUAG